GUUCAAGGGCAAAAUACUGAGAGGGUCUUGUGGGAGGGAGAGGGAAGAACUUUGGGAAAGGCACAACUAAUAUUUCAGCUAUGGAUAUACACUCGGUUCUCAAUACUAUAUCAUUACUAUAGGAGCUGCUUUUCUAACAGGAAGAAAGAGGAAGACCACUACAACGUGUUUCCGAGUGGCUCCUUCACUUGGAGACCACAGUGUUUGGAAUUCUCUUAACAGACGCUAUUAAAGGGACAGGCAGCACAGGUUGACUCGUAAGUCAUCAUGGCGGACUCCAGCUUUACCAACCUGACAUCUCUCGCCCGGGCUUUAUCACAACCAACACUCGACCUAAUAGAACAGACAGAUGUUAGUCCUCCGCGGAAUCUCCAGCUGCAUCCUGCUCGAAGGAGAAAGUUAUCGAGCUGUAACUCGAUAGAGGCUCUGGACCCUCUGACUUCACCAACCGCCGCUGAGGCGCGCGUGCUGGUUAUCAACACUGGAGGAACCAUUGGGAUGACACUUCAUGACAACGUACUUGCCCCAAAAGCAAAUAGCUUUGUCAAGAUCCUUCGCAAGCUGCCCAUCCUUCAUGAUGAGUUAUAUGCCCAGCAGACCUGCCUGUAUGAGUACUACGGAUCUGAGAACAGUCUGGUUCUACCGAAGCCAACACCCCAUUUGGACCAUUUAUAUCAUGGGCUGAGCAAGGACAAUAAAAGGAUAAUCUAUAAUAUCUUAGAGUACAGCCCUUUGCUGGACUCCUCUAAUAUGACCACAGACGACUGGGGGAGGAUUGGAAAGGACAUUGAGAAAAACUACGAAAGCUAUGAUGGUUUUGUGAUCCUUCAUGGCACAGACACUAUGGCUUACACAGCCUCUGCCCUGUCCUUCAUGUGUGAACAUUUGGGCAAACCCAUCAUCCUUACUGGCUCUCAGGUACCUAUCUAUGAGAUAAGAAAUGAUGGCAGAGACAACCUGCUGGGGGCGCUGCUGAUUGCCGGACAGUUUGUCAUUCCUGAGGUCUGCCUGUAUUUCCACAAUAAACUCUACCGAGGAAACCGUGUAACUAAGGUGGAUGCUGGAAGUUUCAAAGCAUUCUCUUCUCCAAACUUGGCUCCUCUGGCCACAGCCGAAGUAGACAUCAAAAUCAACUGGGACACAGUGUGGAGGGCAAACACCACAGCCAAGUUUCAAGUGAGGACCGAGCUGAACAGAAACGUAGGCCUGCUUCGGCUUUUCCCAGGAAUCACUGCUGCUACUGUGAGAGCUUUCCUACAGCCGCCCAUGCAGGGCGUAGUCCUUGAGACCUACGGCAGUGGAAAUGCCCCCGAUAACCGUCCUGACCUGUUAGAGGAGCUGAAGAAGGCUACAGACUCUGGUGUCAUCAUUAUCAACUGCACACAGUGUCUUAGAGGUUCAGUGUCCAUGUCCUACGCCACUGGAAAGGUGCUGAUGGAUGCCGGGCUGAUAGCUGGUAGAGACAUGACUCCAGAGGCUGCUCUGUCAAAGCUGUCCUAUGUAUUAGCCAAAACAGAGCUGGAUCUAGUGGCCAAGAAAAAGAUGAUGGGUCAGAACCUGAGAGGUGAGAUGAACGCUGACCUAGCAGGUGCCAAGUUGGCUCUGAGUGACAGCCGCUUCAUCCAGGUCAUCGCUAAGAGCCUGAGCAUCAGCUGCAAAGAGGAGCUGGAAGCCAUUCGUGAUGCCCUGACCCCUCCUCUUGCCUGUGCCGCUGCCAAGAUCGGAGACAUAGAGGCCAUAGAGGCGCUAAAGGACAUGGGCAGUAACUUGUGUCUAGGUGACUAUGAUGGACGUACACCCCUACAUAUUGCUGCCUCUGAGGGCCACCUCAAACUGGUGCAGUAUCUACUGGGUCAUGGGGCUACAGUGUAUGCGAAAGAUCGCUACGGAGACACACCUCUGUGCAACGCCGUACGCUUCAGGCAUAAGGAGGUGGUGAAGCUGCUGAGAAAGACGGGAGCACAUUUCUCCAGGGACGAGUUGGAGGAAGCAGGAACAGAACUCUGCAGCCUGGCAGCCAGUGGUGACCUGGAGGGACUGGAAAUCUGGAGCCUUGCUGGAGCCAAUUUGAAUAAGCCAGGCUAUGAUGGACAGAAUGCCAUACAAGUGGCUCGAGCUAUCGGAAAAAAGGAAGUGGUGGCGUUUUUAGUUCAACUUAUGAGCAAUAAAUCAAAGGAAGUAUUUGAUGGAUUUAAUGAGUGUGAUGAAUAUGAUGAUGAUGAUGAGAACGGUGAAGUGAUCGAGUUCACCGCUACUCCAACAGGACUGUGAGCCGCCCUCUGUGCACAGCUGCUUCCCAGCAAGCCAUCCUUACCGCAAAAUCCCCCGUCCUGUUUCAGAGACUCACUUUCACUUCAAAUGUCCGCCUGCACAAGUUGCUCCUGCAUCCGUCCAAACCAAACCACCUAAAUGCACAGUAUUGUUUUCAAUGCAAAGUUGUCAAAAGGCCAGCACAAGGCAUACGAUAUGUAUGUAUGGUUUUAUGUGAGGAGGUAUGAGCUUUAUGAAUGUUAAAUGCUUUUAUUCCUUAUCUUAGUAUAGAGAGUGUGACGUCCAUUCAGGGUAUUAAAAGUGAACUUCACCUGAGCUGUUUUAAAUGGACUGUGCUGAAAUACAUGUGAAGAGCUUGGACUACUGUUACCUUACUUUAAUAGUAAUGCUGUCUCUUAAUAUAGCAAUAAAUGACGCUACAGGGUGCAUUCACUGAUUUUAUUUUCAGAUGUAUUUUACAGAAAAUAUCACUGACAUAGAGCCUAUAAUGGAGAUAUAUUUUGUCUAUGUAGUGUUCAGACAGUAGCACUUGUCCACGUCAGUACAUCUGUGCCCCCUUAGAGGAGAUUUUCAAUCUGUUCUUCUCAAACUGGAAUAACAAAAACCACCUUAGACUGAUCCAGCCUGUUUCCUUUACUGAUCGUCAAGCUUGAAAAGUAGCAUAUCUCCCUUUGAAUGGGAAAGGGGAAAGCCAGGCUAUUGUUCAAAUCAGAUUACGAAGUCAGUUUGUGCUGUCUUAUAGAUUUCUAAAAUGUCUUAUUUUACUUUUAAUAUCUUUGUUGUGCAACAAGUCCAAAAUGCUGCUGCUUAUGUUUUAAUGUAAUUUCAUACCACUUAAGGUCAGUUUUUGAUGGUGUCACGUUUAGAGAAUUUCGUGUGAUUACAUGUAACAUCAAAGUGCAAAAUUGAAAGACUUGAAUGUUUUUCCUGCUGUUUUUUCAGUGCUGUAUUCAAAACAUAACCAUGUGUUGGAAGUGAUUCAUUGGUGGUCUCCUGUUGGGAAAAAAUCCCAGAAAUAAACCUUUUGUUUCAAA